ACUAACCUAAAGGAAAAUGGGAAAACUUACGCUUUACGGAAUCGAUGGAAGUCCUCCGGUUCGUUCUGUCCUCCUAACCCUGAACGCCUUGGACGUGGAAUUCGAGUACAAGAUCGUUAAUCUGAUGACUGGGGAUCACCUCAAGCCAGAAUACCUAAAGAUCAACCCGUUGCACACUGUUCCGACCUUGGAUGAUGAUGGUUUCUAUAUCAACGAUAGUCAUGCCAUCAAUGCUUACCUGGUGAGCAAAUAUGGCAAGGAUGACUCUCUGUACCCCAAGGAUCUGCAGAAGAGGGCCAUUGUUGAUCAGCGGCUGCACUAUGACUCCAGUGUAUUGUCCAGCACUGGUCGUGCCAUCAUUGGUCCUUUGAGGGAGGGCAAAACAGAGAUUCCCAAGGCUAAAUUCGAUGCUCUGGAGGAGGUGUACAAGACACUUGACCUGUUCUUGGAGUCCAAUGACUAUCUGGCUGGAAAGGGACCUACCAUUGCUGAUUUCCACAUCAUCGCUGUACUAUCCACAGCGGUACUUCUACAGGAUGUGGAUUCUACUAAGUUCCCAAAGUUAGCGGCUUGGAUUGAGCGCAUCAAGAAGUUGCCUUACUUCGAGGAGGCCAAUGGUUCAAGAAUGGCUCAGGUAGCUGCCUUCAUCAAGAGCAAGAAGUUUACAAUUAUCAUGUCGGGUAUUGUGCUGUACGGAAUGAACAUUAGUCCUCCAGUGAGAUCCUGCCAGCUGACUCUUAAAGCUCUAGAGCUGGAGUAUGAGUUUGAGGAAGUGGAUCUUUUGGCAGGAGAUCAUCGCAAGGAGGAGUUCCUGAAGAAGAAUCCCCAGCAUACUAUACCCCUGCUGGAUGAUAAUGGAGUCCUGGUAUGGGAUUCCCAUGCCAUUGUCUGCUAUCUGGUGGGCAAGUAUGCCAAGACGGAUGAACUGUAUCCCAAGGAUCUGGUGAAGCGGGCUCGGGUUGAUCAGCGCUUGUACUUCGAUGCCAGUGCAUUGUUUAUGGCCCUACGGAAUAUCUGUGCUCCGUAUUUCUACAACAAUGUCACGGAGAUAACGCGGGAGAAGUCCGAUAAUAUUCGUGAUGGUUAUGGGCAUUUGGAGACCUUCUUGGGUGAUAACCCAUACAUUACUGGCGAUACCCUAACCGUUGCGGAUUUCUGUUGUGCUGCCACAGCCUCCUCUUUGCCAGCUUUUCUUCCGCUGGAGGCAGAGAAGUAUCCGAAGGUUACGGCCUGGUUGGAACGCCUGCAGGAGUUGCCCUACUAUGAGGAGGCCAAUGGGGUGGGGGCCAAAAAGUACGUGGACAUGCUGAAGGACCAGCUGACCCUGCUAUAAGCAGUAGUUCCCACAAUUAUUCGAGUGCGUUGCUGCAUCAAUUUUUAAUUGUCAGCUAAUUAAAGAAAGUUGUUGACAAACGUUUGACAUUGCAUACACUGGGAGAAAAAUAAAGGAAGAAAUGAAGAUGAAAAUCUGAAGAGAAAAUUAAA